CACACACACACACACACACACACACACACACACACACACAUUCCUCUCCCCUGUAGGGUAUUUAAGCAGAAGCAGAAGUUUCCCAAGACGGAGCAGCAGCAGCGGAUCCACUCCAUCCAACAGCAGCUUGUCUCUCCAACUUCAUCUGAGUCUUUUCAGAUCCUCCUCCUCGAGUUAUCGCCACCAUGUCUGAUCCAGGCGCCAUCGCGACCUCCUCUCCCGCCCCCCCUCCUCCCACCGGACCCCGACCCAAGAUGACGAGCAGCGGUCGCUCUGCAGUUCCCAUCUCCACCUCCAACUCUGACUUCACCGACAUCCCUGAGUUUGAACCGUUUGGUCUGCCGGGUCCAAGAGGAUUCCCCCCUCUGACCGACUAUCUUGACAUCUUGGGCGUAGACAUGAUGCGACGGCCGGAAGAGAACAACAAGCAGCAGCACCACACCAACUUGUACAACUCGGACUAUCUGGUGGUGCGUCGAGGACAAGAGUUCGAGGUCAAGAUCACUUUCAACCGUCCCUACAAACCUGCCUCAGACAAGUUCGCUGUGGAGUUUGUGAUCGGCUCCAGCCCUCAGUUCAGCAAGGGCACCUACACCCCCGUCUUUCCCCAGAAUGAGCGUGCGAGCCCCUGGGAGGGCCGCAUCACCAACACCGCCGACGACACGGUCACUAUGGGCGUCACGGCUGCUGCCACCUGCACCGUGGGGAAGUACCACAUGUACGUCGCCGUGGUGACGCCCUUCGGUAUCCGCAGGACCCGAAAGGACAAAAGCCGCAACCUCUACAUCCUCUUCAAUCCCUGGGCCUCAGCUGAUGCCGUGUUUCUGGAUGAUGAGAAGGAGAGGGAUGAGUGUGUGAUGAAUGAGAUGGGGAUCAUCUACCACGGCGCCUAUGAUGACGUCGCUGAGAGAAACUGGAACUAUGGACAGUUUAACUUUGGAGUCCUGGACGCCUGUCUGUACAUCAUGGACCGGUCCGACAUGCCCAUCACUAACAGAGGAGACCCCAUCAGGGUGACCAGGAAGGCCUCUGCUAUGCUGAACUCUCGUGAUGACGAAGGUGUGCUCGUGGGGAACUGGAGCGGCGACUACACCUACGGCGUGGCGCCCACUUCCUGGACCGGCAGCACCGACAUCCUGCUCACCUACGCCAGCGGCAAGGUGCCCGUCUGCUACGCUCAGUGCUGGGUCUACGCCGCCGUCUUCAACACCUUCCUGCGCUGUCUGGGCAUCCCAUCGAGGGUCGUCACCAACUUCUACUCCGCUCACGACAACGAUGGAAACCUGAAGAUGGACAUCAUCCUGGACGAGAACGGCAGAAUCGACCGCAAUCGCACCAAAGACUCUAUCUGGAACUAUCACUGCUGGAACGAGUGCUUCAUGUCCAGACCCGACCUCCCAGCUGGCUUUGGAGGCUGGCAGGUGGUGGAUGCUACACCACAGGAGACCAGUGAUGGCAUGUACAGAUGUGGCCCUGCCUCAGUCCAGGCCAUCAAACAUGGGCAGAUAUGCUUCCCAUUUGAUGCUGCCUUUGUGUUUGCUGAGGUCAACAGCGAUGUGGUGUUUUAUUCCCGGAAUAAAGAUGGCACCAUGGAGCCUGUCAGAGUGAACCGGACCCACAUAGGCCGCAUGGUGGUGACCAAAUCUCAAGGAGACAUGACCCGCCGCGAAAUCACCGAUCAGUACAAGUUCCCUGAAGGCAGUACCGAGGAGCGGACCGUCCUGGAGAAGGCUGAGGAGUACGGCUGUAAACGCGAUAAGUCCGAGCUUCCCGCGGCCGACGUGGACCUGAUCCUGCCCACCCUGGAGGUCAGCGUGGGCGACGACUUCGAGAUGAGCCUGGAGUUCGUGAACCGCAGCGACGAGCGCCGCACCGUGGACAUCUACAUCAGCGGCAGCGUGGUUUUCUACACCGGAGUCACCAGCUCCGAGUUCCUGUUCAGGAAUCCCACCGUGACCAUUGGCCCAAACAAAAGUGUGAAGGAGUCGGUGACAGUCGAGUCGAAGGCCUACAUGAAGCAUCUGGUGGAACAGGCAAACAUCAACUUCAUCGCCACUGGGAAGGUCCAGGAGACCGGGCAGAUCAUCACCGCCAUGAAAGUCGUCACCCUGCACAACCCCAAACUCACCGUCACGGUGUCGGAGGGCGGCAGGGUGAGUGAGGAGAUGACGGCGACCGUGGAGUUCACAAACCCCUUCUCCUUCAGCCUGGAGGGCGUCUACAUCCGCAUGGAGGGACCCGGGAUCAUGCUGCCCAAGUCCAAAUAUUACAGUCUGAUCCAGGGACAUACUUCCCUCUCCUGGACGGAGUAUUUCACCCCGCAGCGGGCCGGCAGCAGCAGACUGAUCGCCUCUCUGGACUGUCCCGCCCUCAGGCAGGUCCUCGGCCAGGCGUCUAUCAGCGUGAAGCCCUGAGGAUCACCAUAGGGUCACCGUAGUAGGGUCACUGAGGGUCACUGUAGGGCAGGGGUGUCCAAACUACAUUUUGAAUCGGCCCUCAGCCAAUUCUAAAAGUAUAAUGACUUAAGUAUAAUAAACUUCUGCUUGUCUUAUAUUGUAUUUCUCAAAUAUAUAAUGUUAAAAUAUAUUACACAGUAUUCAUGCGUUAAUAAGCCCAAUUUUCAAAUGAAUUCAGUCAAUUAAAGUUGAAAACAUAUGGAAUACGGCCCACAAAUGAAACUUGAGCUUGUAUUGUAUUGUACUUCUUAAAUAUAUAUGUAAACAUAUGUUACACAGUAGUGUUCAUGUGUUAAUAAGCCCACUUUCAGUCAAUUCAAGUUUAAAACAUGUUCUAACAAAUAAGUUUAUAAGAAAAAAGCCCAAUAACAAAUUCCCAUAAGAACCUUGAAAUCUACCCUUCAUAUUUCCUCUUAUUAUAAUCAAUCUGAAGCUUCUGUUUUAAGAAAUGAGCUGCUAACACAAUAAAUGAAACCCUCUGGAGAGCUGUGAUAGAGGCUGUAUCAAGAAUAAUUUACCAUCAUUUGAUUGAUUUUGCCAACUUGUAACUGAACUUAUGAGGCAAUAUACCUCUAGUGAGCGGCCCAGCUCUUCGUAUAUUUUUCUCUGUGGCCCUCGGGGAAAAAAGUUUGGAGCCCCCUGCUGUAGGGUCACUGCGACAGACAUCAUUCACUCACUCACACAAUAUAAGCCUAAGAGUAGUUGUGUAUCUGUAGGUUUAACAGCUUAUUCAGUGUAGCUUCAGCAUUCAUGAUAACAAUGGGGAUAGUUGUAGGCGUAAGAAAAGCAAGCGCAUAUAUCUUUUAUCUAGAAAAUACAGUUAUUUUUAGAAGUGCAAUUUGUUUUAAGAAAAAUACCUAUUUCUGACAAUUAAAGGGCAACUCUUUUCAACUGACUUUUUUUUGUGGAGAAAGUACAUUUUUGAAAGAUCUAUGAUUGCUACUAAAGCUUCUAUUUGCUCUCAUCAUUCAAAAAGUAAAUUCAUUUUAAAACGUUUUUCUAAAGCUUAGGCAUAACUCCAUUUUGGCCACCAGGUGGCACAAUUACACCAAAACAAGCAGAUAGUUAUUAGGUUUAAAUGACCAAUUUGAUGUUUGUUUAAUUCGAUACAACAUAAUAAUUAUUAAAUCAGCUUUAACUCAAUUUGAGACAUACUCCCACUGUUAUACCUGCAUAUCAAUGUUUCUACUUGAGCACCAUAAAGAGCUCUUUUAACCUUCUUCAUAUCGAUUCAUAAAAUCUGUUUCCUUACAUUUUAUCUUGUUCAAGAACAAAUAACCAAAUAAAAGGUUAAUAACUCCA